UCGUAACUACUCGUAAGCAACCUUCACUAUCAACAAGUACUCCGUAGUAGACUAGUAGUAAUCCACCAUUUUCGAAAUUCGUACAAAUACCCAAUUUCUCUUUUCUUCAAUUGCUACUUUGGUAGCUAGAUCUUGCUUUUCGAAAUUCAAUUGCAGAAGACAACUAUUUUCUUAAACUUCAGAUUCACAAGGUGGGGGUUUAAGGUGAUUUGCGGCGAAUUUGAUAGCUUUGAACUGUUAAUUAAAUCUCAACAAGCAUACAUUCAUGGCAGAUGUCAGGGAGCUUCAAUAAAUUAAAAAAAUGAAACUUGUUGGCUCCAACUUGAAGAAAAGAAAACAGUUAGCUGUAGCUGCUGAAGACUUAGGCCUGCCUGCACCAAAAUAUGUAUGCUGUGAGGCAACUGACAAAUCUGAAUGUGGAUCAUUACGAUCUGCGAAUGAAGAGGAUGCAGAAGUACUUAACAUGUUGGUUGAAUCAACUCAAGACAGCAAUAGCUUUCCGGGAGGUUCACAGUCAUCUGCGGAACUGAUUUUUGAUGCAGGUUUUCGAAAGACGGAAUCGUAUGAUGAGGCUUCUACUUCCUGGGCUGAUUCAAGACCAGUCACAUCCGAAAGUGAUUCCCUUUCGUUAGAGAGUGGAAUUUUCAAUGCCAAAGGGGAUGGUAUGGAAGAAAACCAUCUUCCUCUUCAGGAUAAUACUGUUGGGUGGUAUGAUGUUGACUGUCUGGAGGAGUGCAUCGACGCACAGUAUUACAGGGACAGCAAGCAACAUGUUUCUGAACAACUCGAUGGGUUACUUUCCUCCAGUGGGAUUCCGUUGUCAGAUAGUUGGAUUGCUGAUGGAGAGGCGGAUAGGGGUAGACAGAAGCCAACAAUUGAUCAGGAAUUCGAGCAAUACUUUUCAACACUUAUGUUGUAAGAGAUUUAUUCCUCGUUGAGUUCACAUUCCUGUUGUAUGUGACCUAUGUAAAUAUAUCAAUAAUGUAUUCAUAUACUUCUCAUUUCAAAUUGCCCUUAAUCAUUUUGAGUCCAAAUCUCAUCUCUUAUGUGCUAGAUUUCAAUUAAAGAUUACUAUUAUUUCCAAUUUC